AUGACCAUCUCACUUCCUCGAUCCUUCGCUUCUUUCUCAUCCUUCAUUGCUUUGCUAGCGUUCCUCUCUCUUCUUAACCUUUGCAAUUGUUUCAAACCCAGAAACUUGAACUUAUCCUCCUCCAUCGCGACUUCAGGUUGGUCCCCGGCUGAAGCCACCUGGUAUGGAAGUCCUAAUGGUGCUGGAAGCAAUGGUGGUGCAUGCGGGUAUGGAGAUGCAGUGGAGAAGCCUCCAUUCUCAUCCAUGAUAGCUGCUGGAAGCCCUUCCAUCUUCAUGUCGGGCAAUGGAUGCGGUGCUUGCUAUCAGGUGAAGUGCACCGAAAACGCUGCGUUUUAUACAAUAGUGGGCUGCAACUAUCCCGGUGUUGAUAUCGCCUUCCAGGUGGGCGCAGGCUCGAACCCGAACUACCUUGCUGUUCAUAUCUUGUACGAAGAUGGGGAUGGAGAUCUCGCAGCAGUCGAUCUCAAGCAGGGAUCGCCGGCAUCUGACUCAUGGCUUCCCAUGCAACAUUCAUGGGGUGCAGUUUGGAGGUUGGACUCAGGCUCGACGCUGCAAGCACCCUUCUCCUUCCGGUUGACAACCGACGAGUCCCACAAGACGCUUGUAGCUAAUAAUGUGAUUCCGGUGGGAUGGCAGCCGGGUGUGACCUAUAGGUCUGUGGUUAACUUCAAUCCCUAG